AUGGAAGCUACAAAUGUCAGAAUUGAUGCCUCUUUAGUUGGUACAAACUCAGGUAAGAUAGUACGUGUUAUGGGUAAAUGUGAAUCAUUUGAUCAAGCUUCACAUCAAGCAAUCAUCCUGUGUAAUGGAACUAUCAAUUUAGAUUUAUCCCAAGUUGAAGAUGUAUUGGAAAUUCAUAAAAACUACGAAUUCAUUGGUAAAGUUGGUGUUGAUAUGAAAAUCAGAGUAUAUUCUAUUGUUCCAUUAAGUGAUAAUUUGGAUUUUAACAUUGCUUCUAAAUUGGCACAAUACGCUCAAAAAGUGCCUGAGUUGUUCACCGAUUAG